AUGUCGGAAAAGGUAGAGAAGGUCAAGAAGAGAAAGAGGACUACCGAAGGGUCUUCCAAACCAAUCAAAAGAGUCGCAAUCGAGAAAGUCAAGCAAGUGCAGGUUACCGUCUCCGAAGUAGGAAAAUGGGCACCCAUCAUAGCUUCUACGCCUGGUCUGGCAGCUCCGGCCGCUGUCCACCUCAAACCAUACACGAAAGCUCGCUGUAAUCCCGCUACCAGAUCAGGACUCAGCGGGCGUAUUGCAACCGAAGAACUGCUCCUACACUCCUCCGAACACCCAAAGUUCGACUAUACGGCGAUUGAAGAGGAGGCUGGGGGUAAAGAUGCUCCGCUGAAGCAUUAUGUCGGUAUCUACGAUCCAGAGACUGGCAAGAUGGAGGUAGUGGAGGCUCGAAAAAUGGUUGUACGAAGCAGUGUGCGAGCAGAGCAAGCUACUGUGGAGGACCACGAGAUCUCUAGGUCUAUGGACAAGACAGAAAACCGAAACAACCUAGGACAAACAUUCGGUACAAAGAAGGCACGCAAAGCGAUUGCUGCCAAUACAGAGAAUGCUAUUUCCCCUGAUAAGUCGGCAAGAAGCAAGGACAAUAAGCCAGCCAAGAUUAACGCCGCCACAGCAGCUAUCCUCGCAAGCAUGGCGGAUGGUGCCAAUUCUAUGACAUCCCGAGAGGAAUUAGCCCAGCAAGUCGAAGACUCAAAACCACGUCCAAAAGCCAACAAGGAAGCCCAGGCUGUCGAGGAUGUGUACACAGUUGACAGCUUGAUUGGCAAGGAUGUAUUUGGUGCCGUUCCUGUUAGAACGUGGCAGGCAGAUAUAAAGGCCAACAAGGAGAUUGAAUGCCCUUCAAGAUAUGUCGCAUCUCGGAUUAUGAAAGUUUCUGCCCAUGUCGAGAAGCUCAGAAUCCUGCGUUACAUGGUGCUCAUGCUAGAGGUGUUAAACUCUUGCAGGAUCAACAGAGGACAGAGGACUCUACCCAAAAGAGAUGAGCUGAAGAAGUUGCUGGGCGAUAUCCCGGAAGCAGUCCUCGAGGGUAUGAAGCGGAAGUUUGCUCAGGGAGACUUGAUCACUAAAUUUGGUGCUGACUUGAUGAUUACCCACAUGUGUGCACUGGCAUGUAUAGUGGACGGCUACGAGGUUGAUAUGUUUAAGCUGCAGGAGGAUUUGAAGCUCGAGACUAAGGAGAUGUCGCAGUACUUUAGGGAGAUUGGAGCAAAGGUUGGAGCUUUGGGUGAGGUGGAGAGGAAGAAGCAGGGUCUGGACAAAGCUGCGGCUUCUCAGCGGAAAGUUGCCAAGCUGAGGCUACCGUUGGAGUUCCCCAAGGUUUCUUCCGGAAGGAGACUGUAG